AUGGCGCAGAUUCAGUUUGACUUGACCCGGGCCGAAGAAAUCACCCGCUAUCAGUUUCGUGAUAGAGGGCUUCUUUAUGAGGCAUUGCAAAGCGCAACCAGAGACCGAGACGAACUGACGGGCGAGAUCCAUGAGUCGGAUGGCAAUCGGCGUCUUGCGAAGUUAGGAUUUGCCGUCCUGGAGCUGGCGGUGGUAGAUGAGUGGUUCAGACGAGGCAUGAGCCAUCGAGAGCUUGACUUGCUACGGAAGAAAUUCCUGGCCAAGGACUACUUGUCCGAUGCCGCGCAGCAAAAAGCGUUACAUACCUGCCUCUCGAUGUCUCAGCGGCAGGAAAACAUCGCUGCACCCCCAAUGACCAUGAAACUGGUCUUGAGUGCCGUAAUGGGCGCAGUGUGGCUUGAUGCAGACUUGAAUCUCAGCGAGGGUCUCAAUAAUGUGAAGUGGGUUAUGCAAACUUUCGGGUCAGUGUACCUUUACUGCUCAUGA